ACUGACUGGAGGGGGGAGGAGGAGUCUGUCCCAGCCUGCAUCUGGCCCGCUCCACUCUCUGUCACCCCGGGCCAAACCCGCCCAGCUCCUCUCACUCACUCUCCGCCUGUUUUCCCGCACGGCUCGGCCCGGACACACACACACACACACACACAGAGCACCCACUCACACCCCGCGAGGACACGGAAUGGAGACGGAAGGGAGCCAGAGCAGCCUGUCCACCGCGGACUCCCCGCAUGACCCCUGCAAAAUGUUCAUAGGUGGACUCAGCUGGCAAACAACACAAGAGGGUCUGAAGGAGUACUUCUGCAAGUAUGGCGAGGUGAAGGAGUGUAUGGUGAUGCGAGAUCCAGUUACUAAGCGCUCGAGAGGGUUCGGAUUCGUCACCUUUGUCGAUCAGGCUGGCGUGGAUAAAGUUUUGGCUCAAACCAGGCACGAGUUGGACUCCAAAACAAUCGAUCCAAAGGUCGCAUUUCCUCGCAGAGCCCAGCCCAAGUUGGUCACUCGAACCAAGAAAAUCUUUGUGGGAGGCCUGUCGGUGAACACGACUAUCGAAGACGUCAAGCAGUACUUCGACCAGUUUGGGAAGGUCGACGAUGCCAUGCUCAUGUUCGACAAGACCACCAACAGACACAGAGGAUUCGGCUUUGUUACAUUUGAGAAUGAAGACGUGGUGGAGAAAGUGUGCGAGAUCCACUUCCACGAGAUCAACAACAAAAUGGUGGAGUGCAAGAAAGCGCAGCCCAAGGAGGUGAUGUCCCCCACCGGCUCGGCCAGGGGGCGCUCUCGGGUGAUGCCGUAUGGGAUGGACGCCUUCAUGCUGGGCAUCGGUAUGCUGGGUUAUCCGGGCUUUCAGACUGCCACCUACACCAGUCGGAGCUAUGCUGGCAUCACUCCUGGAUACACCUACCAGUUUCCUGAGUUCCACUUAGAGAGGACUCCCCUUCUGACUUCACCCCACCCCCCUGAGCUCACAGCCAUUCCUCUCACGGCAUAUGGACCAAUGGCGGCAGCGGCAGCAGCGGCAGUAGUCAGAGGCUCUACCCCGUCUCGUUCUGCUGGAUUUUUAGGUACAAGCAGCCCAGGUCCGAUGGCAGACCUUUAUGGAACAGCCAGUCAGGAAUCGGCCGUCAGCAGUUACCUCAGCGCUGCAAGCCCUGCACCAAGCACUGGAUUCAGCCAUAGUCUGGGGGGCCCUUUGAUUGCCACGGCCUUCACUAACGGCUAUCACUGAGAGUUGCAGAGCUGUAGACUGAGAGCUGGAAGGAGUUGAAGCUGCUUUGGAGCUGAUCUGGCCUGUCUCUGUCCAGUCCACGUCUCCGGCUGGGGUGGCCUAACCUGUAGCCAACCUGCCCUGGUGUCAGCUACAUCCAGUUGACCCUACUGACACCACACUAAACUCCACCACAAUUUUUUAUUUUUUUUUUUUGGGGGGGGGGGGGGGGACUUAAAAGAAAAAAAGAAAAAAAAAACCUGCUCAAAAGGAGCAAAAACGUUUAUCACUACAUGUAAUAGCAACACAUUCAGAUGCUGUAUUUCUUUGUUUUUUUUCCUCUGAUAUGUUUUUGUGAUGGCUGUGUUAUUUCAUGAUCUGUUUUGGCUGUGAUUCAUUGGUUUCUUUGACCUCUUUAAUCUGAUCUCUCUGAGAUGGGAGGAGUUUAAUCUCCAGGUGAUGGCUGUUUGAAGGUCAGGAGAUGUAAAAUGUACUGGAAAGCUGUAUAUUUGUCACUAGUUCAUACUGAAUUUUAACAUUGGGGAUUAAUACUUUUUCUCAAAUGUGUCACAAAGUGUAUAUCUUGGUAGGUUUUUUUUUUUUUAACAAUGACUCGUUACUAAUAAUGGUCAGACGACAAAGGUCAUUAGUCUCUGUUACGUAAUAGGCCUUCAUGAGGUGUACAAUUUUGUAAAAUUUUGUAAAUACGGCUGGUUAGCGGUGAGAGGGUUCUGCAAAAUUUGUGUCAGGGAGGCGGGAGCGUUUUGGAGAAAUGGUACGAUCUCUUUUAUCAAUCUUGACUGAUAGUUUCACAUGAAGGUCGAGAACAUUUCAGUUUGUCUGUCUGUUACUGUAUUUCUCUCCAGGUGUUUAUAAAUGAUGCGUCACGUGAGUCUUACGACAUUGAGGAGCAGUGUCAGAGUUUUGCUUUGAGUUGAGCGGGCGAGGGGCUGCGUACUGAGCGACACUUGCUACUGUUCGGAGACGAGGGGUGUGGAAGCGCUCCUGUCGGGAGAGGAAAAACACGACUUCUUACUUUAUCAUAUUGUUGUUUUAACUGUGAUUUUUAAAUACGUGAUGAUUGUGAAGGCAAAUGAAGGACUGUUACGAUGGAGCAGUCGUGCACAGUUUGCGUUCUGACUGAUUUCCUCUGCAAGAUGAGUUGAUGUUUGUGUGUCAUUUGGUCUUAUUCACAUUGGUUUCCAAUGUGCCAUGUUUUGUUUUGGGGUUUUUUUUUUUUGGGGGGGGGGGUUACCUCUGCUGCAAAUGUGAAAUUUUAAUCUGACCCUUUUUUUUUUUUAAUUAUUAUUAUUAUUAUUACAUUAACAUUGAUAUAAAAGUGUGGGUGGUUGAACCUUUUAGAAAGGUGGGGUCUUAUUAACUCUUGUUUACCUGUCAUACCCACCCCACAGCCAUCCAUCGCUGCAUAUCCACUGGAGGUCACAGACUGUAGCAAUGUGACUUAUUUGUUUUGUUUUGUUUUUGUUUUUUAGACCAAAACACUUAUUUUCAGAGCUACUAGGAUUUUGCACUGGCCGGUCACGAUAAAAUAAAAAAGCACUCCCCAUCUACAAAAUACCAGGUUUUUAAACAUUUUGAUACACUCGCUCUGUCUGCUGCGAGCUACCACGGUAUUUCAAACUCUGAUGCUGAUUUCACUGCAUUAUAACAAUCUUGUCAACACUGUAACAUUUUCUGAUUUUCAUUUUUCUCAUGUUUAUUCCUUUGGAGGAAAGCAAAACUUUUUAACUUUUAUUCCUAAUAAAUUAUUUUAAAACAUUCCA